AUGCGCAAUACGUCAAGCUUUGUAGCAGUGGAUUCAUUUCGUGUGAAGAGUCCUCAUGGUGCUCCCAAAGUUGGCUUCGGCUAUGGCAUCAUACACAACGGAAAAGUGUAUGUUUAUGUGCAGGAAGAUCCUUGCCCCUAUCAAAUAGUAAUGGUCGGGCCAAAAAACGAGCAGACCGGCCAGUAUGAAUAUAUCGUGAUGACGAAUUGGGCUAAAUUUCCACUGGUGGCAAUGACCCGCGAUCUUGGACAGUUUGAUAGUAAAUAUCGCGAUGAGCUGACACAACGUUUUAGAAGCGAAGGAUAUACACAUGAAUUUUCUGAGAUAAUUGGCAAUUCGAUGCACCAUAUUGAAUGGACUAAAUGCAGACCAUUAACGCCAAUUGCUUUUGUUUCUAACGUUAUAAAUCGAAUACUUUUUGGAUCCUGA